GCGGAUUUGGUAUCAAUGCGCGUCCACGAGCGCUGCGCGCGCCUGCCAUUCUUUUCUUUUCGUGCUCCGCGUGUUUGACAGUUGGCGGGGUAAUUUCAGUCUUCUGCUGCCCUCGUCUGUGCGGGGGACUAAACCGUUACGUUUAAACCAGUUGCUGUCGAAUAUUCCAUACAUUAAAAUCAUCAAGUAAUUCCACACUUAUUAAUUCUAAAAUUGUUGCACACACACAAAACGCCUAUAUGUUUGCAGCGGGGCUCUUUGUGUGCUUGAAACUACGUGUCCCAUAAGCCAUUGCGAAUAUCUACUCGUCGGGGCUGAUGGGAAACAGCGGUGGAAAUCAUUUUUAAUCAAAUGCUGUUUGUUUAAUCUUUUUAACACUGGUCAGACGUAUUGAGUAAUAUAAGUAACACAAAUGUACUAAAGAACACCUUUAAACGCCUAACAAAGACUCACGUGACUUUUCGUUUUCUCAAAUUCACUCUAGUGGAUAAAAGCAGUUUGCGUUCUUGCUAGUGACAGAAAUCUUGCCUCCACUCGCUGAAAACACUAAAAUUAAGGUAAAUCAGCGUUUACGUUGAUAAUGAAAUGGAUCCAGCGGAAGAACCCCCGUCGAUGCUGUGGGGACUGGACCCGAUCUUCUCUGCUUUCGCACGGCUGUACGUCAGAGACAUCCUAGAGAUGACCGAGUCCACGCAGGUACCAGGUAUUUACUUCUACAACCUGCAUCCAAUCUACAAAGUUGACGUUCUUGGAAUUGUGGUUUCCAAGAGGGAGAGAGACGACUUCUUCUGUUAUGGAGUGGAUGAUGGUACUGGUGUUAUAAAUUGCUUGUGCUGGAAGAGUGACUUGCUGAAAAAGGAAGAAAAUCCCAGUAAAUCAGGGGCAGAGCACUGUGAUGGGGCUCAGGGAGGCUUCGACCCGGUCGCUGAGCUGAAGAAGUUGAAACAAGCUCAGCAGCAGCGCUGCCACCUGGAGAUCGGAGAGCUGCUCCGAGUCCGAGGGCCCGUGAAGACGUCGAGGCAGCAGAGAGAAAUCAUGGCCUCCACCUACUAUAAAGUGAACGACCCAGUGAUGGCGGUCCAGAUUGCCUGGAUGACGGAGGUUCCUCAGCUCUACCGACAGUGUUAUGAUAAACCAUUCAAGCUGCAGCCCAAGACAGAGGGUAACUUUGUGGACAAUCCUGUAGCCAAAUCAACAAAUAUCCUCAAGGACUUCUUUAAGCAGAAGUCGGUGAGCAGGUUCAGACCAUAUGAUGUCCAGGACCUCCUGCAGCCUCUGAUCUCCAGCCAGCCUCAAACAGCAUCUGCAGACCAGGAGCCUGUUGCUGGACCGUCUGGAUGCCAGCAGCUUCGCCAGCUUCUGAAGGAGGCCCUGCAAGUCCUGCAGGAUGAGGGUGUUGUGUACCGCAAAGUCAAAUCCCAGGAUGAAGUGUACCAUGUGACUGAGCAGGACAAAGAUCUCCUCAUAGCCAUCAAAGAUAUCAUCAAGGAGGACUCAAAGAGAGAGAAGUAUGCUGAGAAAGGUUGCCACAUCCUGCACAUCCUGUCUGCUGUCAGGCAGCGUUACAGCCUCAACGUCAGCAAAGCCGCUCUGGAGCUCAUCCUCAAGUCUCUGGUGUGCAACAGUGACAUCAUCAGCACCAGCGACAACCAUUACACAGCUUUUUAAACCCGAGCACAGUCCUGUUCAAUUCCCCAAUAAGAAUGUUUGAAUGUAAACCAUGUUAUCAACACUUCUUAGUUCUUUAUCAGCGUUUGCCCCAAUCCUCUUUUGUUCUAUUUCAGAUGUAAAGAAGGAAAAACUUUGUUUAAUACAAAUGCUCAUUUGUA